UAAUAUAUACUAAUUAAUAGAAACAACUUUAUUAUGAGUUAAUAUUCUUCACACGGUUGACUUUAUUUCAUACGGAUUAACAAAAUAUGAACAACUUAAUUCUACAAUAAUACAUUUUAAAUUACAAAAACGGUUAACAAUGUUGCGCAGUUUGAAUAAGCCUUUUUAAACUUUUAAUUAUUAUGCUAUCAUUAACUUCAUUAGAAAUUGAUGACAUUGAAUCAAAUUCUUGAUUUUUAUUGCCCAAUUUGUUAAUGCUAUCUUUUAGUGUUUCUGAAGGACUGCUUGGCUCAGAGUAUGAUUUACUAUUUACUUUUGAUAUCAAGUCAUCAACAAGGUAUGUUAAGCGUCUUAAUUCAGCGCUAUGUUGUUCAGUCAUUAAACUCAAGUCCCUAAUAGUGUUAUUUAAAUCCUCUUGUUCUUGCAAGCGUGUUUCUUCUUUAAGUUGCUCUUUUCGUAAUUGUCUAUUAUAUUCUAGUAAUAAUAAAGCAGCAGCGACCACAAAUAUAAUACCUUCACCAAGAAGAUUUGAUCCAAGUUCAAUUGCCAUGGUUUCACUUAAAGGUUUGACUUUACCAGCAGUACCAAGAUUCAUGAAAUACAUUUUCAUUUUAACUUCACACCAAUUGUACAAUUGAGCAGGAGGCAUGCAUACAUAAGAUCGAAACACAGGAGAUUGUUUUGCACGUUCUUUAACAAAAUUUGCUAUUGGCUUACUUACUUGACGCAAUAGUAAAGCGCCAAGUUUGGCUGCAGGAAAAGCACCAAGUGCAACCAUAAUUAUUUUUAAUUUAAUUUAUAAUUAUUCAAUUCUGUUAAUCAAUUGAAAAUUCAAUCAGAUAAAACAAAAACUGAAAGGUUAAAUAAUUUUAGAAUCAAAAUUGACAUUGUUUUAAUUUUUUUUUUGAAUAAAAAAAAAAUUAAUAAUAUCGGUUAGAUAACUGAUAUGCGACAUCUGUUAUCAGUAAAUGAAGUUGGGAACAGAUUUUAUGGAACAAAUAACGAGCGGUAAACACCUGAUAACAAACAAAUUCAGUGCGUCCGUUUAGCAAAAUGGCGUUGCAAUUUGUAAAAAGUAGAACUAAGCCAACGUUUGCUCUGGUUGUAACAAAAACCGUAAUUGCCAUCAGACUGCUGCUGUUAAAGUAAAUAAUCGUAAGACCAUAAUCUUACUAAUCUUAGACCGGGGAUUCGUAAUCAUAACUUAUAACACGUUACAUAUUCCAAUUACUAUAGAUUUAAAUUUUCUAUAUUGUUUACUAAUUACAACUAAACUUAUACGUUGAUAGAUAAUUUAAUAAUGUCACAACAAAUGUCGUUUGUUUCUCAUGUAAAAACUAUAACUGGGAUUAAUACACCCUACUUCAUUCUUAUAGCAACUAAUUGUAGCUCUAAAAAAACAACUAGCCUUCUUUAUUGUGUAUACUGAGCCCAGUGAGUAUUGAACAUAGCAGUCAAACCGUAUUUUGUAAGAAAAAUAUCCAAACAAAUUUGUACAAAAAAGUAUAACACAUUCGUUACGAAAAUAUAUGUAGACGGAACGGUAUUUCGGUAGAAAAUACCUAUAAAGAUGAUAACACUGUUAUCUCAUAUCAUCUGUUCACCACUGAACUAAUAAUUAUUAUUAAUUAUAUUAAAUAAUAUUAAUUGCCAAUAGCGUCAAUCUAUAUAGUUUGUGCAAAUGCAAAUACAUGCUCUAAAAUAUUAGGUUCUAUUUGUAUUUAGUAAAAUUAAUUUUCUAACAAAAUAGUGUUACUAAUAAAUAAUUUAUUGACAAAUUUAUUCUCGAAAACAAUAUUUUCAGAAAAAAUACCUAUACUCGAAUAAAAUAAAGCUCACCACAUGUCUAAAUAUUUAGCCAUGGGUCACCAUACCUAUAUAAAUAUAACUAUAUUAAAAAUUAAAUGUAUUAUAGUUUUGAGAAUAAGGUCAGAUAAUUCAAGAGGCAAAAUAAUAAAUCCCCAAUAGACAGAUACUUCAAGGAAGGCCAAGACAGAGGAGUAGUGACCUGCAAAUAUAAGAAGUAAUAAACGGCAAUGAAUUAGUUAAUGACAGAACAGCAUGAAGAGAUGUGGUGAUUGCAGCAAAGGGCUUGAAUGACUUGUACUACAAAAAAUUUAAAACAAAAAGUUUCCACGAAAAACGUUUGUUUCAUGGUACAUUACAAUCUAUCAGUUUAUCACGAAUUAUUGACAAAGUUAUGAUAUUUAAAAUGUAUAAUUCUAAUAUGAAUUAAGUGUACUUACAUCAAGUAUUUGUUGACUAAUUUGAUCUGUUGAAUAAAUUAUAAUGUAAAAGGUAAAAUGUAGGUAUGUAAUUAAUUAAAAUAAAAUCUGAAAUAGGAAUUUAAUAGAUAGGAAAAUCAAUUAAGUCUAGGGAUUAUUAAUUUAUUUUAUCGAUUAUAAGAUAACGCGCCAAAAAAAAAAAUAAACGCGAUUAAAUCGAUUCUGGGUAGCAGGCUGUGGAUCAGCGUUUACCUUUUCGUAGGUAUUAACAAUCAACAUCUAAUCAAUGGUAUUAGGCGGGAAAGUUAAAAUAUUUUAUUAACAAAUUAUUAUGAUUUUAUUUUUAUAAUUAUUUAUGUUUAUAAACAAAAUAAUAUGAUAAAAAAUGAACAUAAAUUAAAAAAGAAAUGAUACAUUGUGUAUUUUUGUUUACAUCAUAGAAAAGUAAAUUACUGAUUAGAUUAAUACGGAAUACCUACUGGUUCACAUUAAUUCUCAACAGAACUUACAGAAAACGAACUUGAAUUUCAUGCAAGUUCAAUACUUCAAGUUAUAUUCAUAUUUAUGUACUUUGGUAGUGUAUAAGUUUAUUUUAUAUCUAGUAAUAGUUAAGUCAUUAUUAUUUUAAUAGGUAUUAGUUGGGGUAAAAAUUAAAAACAUUAUUUUUUUAAUUACCUACUUUAGGUUGAAAUUCAAAUUAAAAAAGUAUUUAAAUAUAAAUUUAAAAGUACUUUUUAACAAAAUUGUAAUAAGUAUCAUAUUAUAAUACGAAAAAAUAAUGUAAUAUUAAUUAUGGGCUGAUACCUACACUAUGCAAAAACUAAACAAAUUUCUUAAUUUAUUCUUCAAUUAAUACUUAUUUAAAUUGUUUACAAUUUUAUUUUAUGAUAUUAUACAAGAUACAUAUAUUCUCAAAUAGACAAUAUUAUACAAUAGUUUCCUAUAUACUAGGUAUUCAAUAUUUAGGUUAAUGAUUAAUGUACCAUUUAAAAUAAUUUACCUUAUUACUGUAUAUUAUACCUAAUAAUCUAUAAUGAACCAUUUGAUUUUUUAUCUUAUCUAGUAAUGUGCACUUUGUUCAAUAAAAAGUUUUUACUGAUAUAUGUCAGUGUUGUUGGUAGUCGUUAAAUGUGUUGCUGGGAAAUGGUUUUACAUAUUUUUAGCAGGUAUAUAUUAAUACUUAUAAUAAAAUAUAUGUUUUAUAAUAUUAUUUAAAAACUGUUACAGAUUUUAUAAAAAUUAUUUUGUAAAAACAUUCUUAUAAAAAUGUUAAACAGUACAAAAAUAUUGAGGAGGUAUGUAAUUUUCCAUAGUUGCCGAUGCCAUUUCUCUGAUAUUUCAAAUGGAUCAGUAUUGAAAUCCAAUAUUGAUGUUACAUCAAAAGAAUAUCAGGUUAAUAUAUUAUAUUAAUAUUGUUUAUAGUUAAUGGCGAAUCCGCAAUAAUUAAAACGUAAACAGUAAUUAUUCAUUAAUCUAUUUAUGGUUUAAUAUGAAAAUUCUUGGAUGAUAUAGAAAUAUAGUAUAAUAUUAAACGGGAUGAUAAACCUUCCUACUAUGGUACUCGGAUUAGAUAUUAGGUAUUCAGACUUUUUUCAUAUGGAUUAUUGUUUCAGGAAAAUCAAACAGCAAUGGAAAUGUUAGUAUACAAUUUAAAAAAAGCUGUGAGCAAUUCAGUUUUUGGUGGUGAUCUAAAAGAUAAACUAAGACAUACAUCUAAAGGGAAGCUGUUAGUACGUGAUCGUAUAGAUUAUCUUUUGGAUUCGGGAUCACCAUUUUUAGAAUUGUCUCAAUUAGCUGGAAACAAUCUCUACAAAGAAAACGUUCCAUGUGGUGGAAUAGUUACAGGAAUUGGACGUAUUUCUGGGUAUACAUUUAUAAUCAUUAAUUAAUUUAAAUAAAUAUUUAUAAUAUUUUGCUGAUAGAAAGGAAUGUAUGAUUAUUGCCAAUGAUGCUACUGUGAAAGGUGGUUCCUACUUUCCUAUUACAAUAAAAAAACAUUUAAGAGCUCAGGAAAUAGCAAGUGAAAAUAAUUUACCUUGUGUUUAUCUGGUCGAUUCUGGCGGUGGUAACUUAAAGAAGCAGGCAGAAAUUUUUCCUGAUAAAGAACAUUUUGGAAGAAUUUUUUUUAAUGAGGCUAUUAUGUCUUCGAAAAAUAUAACACAAGUAAGAAAUUUAAAUUAAUACCCUCAGUAGGUAAAACAGUUUAAAAUGUACUUAUAUUUGAUAACAUUAAAUCACACAUUACAUAAAUAUGUCAGAUAGCUGUAGUUAUGGGAAGUUGUACAGCGGGUGCUGCUUAUUUGCCUGCUAUGGCUGAUGAAAGUAUAAUUGUUAAAAAAACUGGAACAAUUUUUCUUGCCGGUCCCCCAUUAGUAAAAGCCGCAACAGGUGAAGUGGUAUCUGCAGAGGAUCUUGGUGGUGCUAAUCUUCAUUGUUCGUAAGUAUAUUGAAUGUAUACAUAUAAUAUUACAUACAUAUACAAAGUAUUGAAAGAAUUAAUGGUUAUAUGCUUAGUUUGUGUAUUUUUAUUUUAUCUUUCUUUGGUAAACGAUAAAUAAUAAGCAAAUAUUAUCAAAUUGAUUAUUUAAAUUAAAUUAUUUGUCUAAUAGAAUUUCUGGAGUUGCUGAUCAUUUUGCUAAUGACGAUCACCAUGCAUUACAUAUUACUAAAGUUAUUAUUGCAAAUCUAAAUAAUAACGGUAAUAAACAAGGUAUACAAAUUAAAAUUGAUGAGCCAAAGCCACCAUUAUAUCCCAGUAAUGAAUUAUACGGAAUCGUUGGAGAUAAUUUAAAAAAAAGCUAUGAUGUCAGAGAGGUGUUUUUAUGCACUAUUAAUUUGUCAGUGUUGGGUAUAAUUGAUUAAUUUGCAGAUAACUUAUAUAAUCGAUUACAAUUAAUUUAUUAAAUUACAUUAGUUAUUAAUUGUUUACUAAUUUUUCAAAAUAAUUAGUAAUCAUAAUUUAAUGUUUGUAAUUGUUAAUUAUUUUCGCCAAAUUUAUCAUGUAAGGAUAACUACAUACAUAGAGUACAGUACUAACUAUUAUCAUGAUAUGUUUAAUGCCUACACUUAAUAUCCAUCUUAAAUUUCACAAAUUCUUACAUAAUAUAACCGUAGUACAAAAAAAGUAUAAUGAUGUAGUAUAAGUUAAGUAUUACAAUGUAAUACCAUGUGUUUAGGUAUUAUUAUGGUAUUAUUUAUAUUAUAUUGUGGGAAAUUAAUGAUACAUUUUAUAUAGACUAUAGAGGAUGAUUUUUUUAUCAUAAACUAGCAAUUUUCUCAGAGAAUUUUAAGUGAAUUUUACUUUUGUUUUUUUAAUCAUUAUAGAAUCGGUUAAGCUUUAUUUUAAAACCAUUUUUAAUUUUUUGCUGUUACAUAUCCCUUAAAUAAGUAUAUAUUUUUGAUUUUCAAAUAGGAACCAUUUUUUUGUACACAAAUUUGAAUAGAGAUUAUUUUUCUAGAAAUGUUGAUAUGCAUAACACUAAUAUCAAAAUUUACUUAAAAUCUUCCGAGAAAGUUGCUUGUUCUUGAUAAAAAAAAUCACCCUGUAUAUAUUGAAAUUAAUAAUUUUUUAUUGUAAUUAAUGAUUUUCAAUUACAUUAAUUUGUAUUAUAAUUAACAACGACAAAUUAUAAUUGUAUUCUUUAAUCAUUAAUUAGAAUACAAUUUUCCCAACAUUGGCAUUAGUUAAUAGUUUUGUUUGAAAUAUUGGCUUAUAAACUGAUCAUUUAAUUUGUUUAGGUUAUAGCAAGAAUAGUAGAUGAGUCGGUGUUUUCUGAAUUUAAGAAAAAUUAUGGAGAAACAUUGGUAACAGGAUUUGCAAAAAUAUGUGGCUAUCCUAUUGGUAUAAUUGGUAACAAUGGUGUGCUAUUUUCUGAGUCUGCAUUAAAGGUAUAAACAUUUUUAAAUGUUUAAGUUUGAUAUUUUGAUACAUUUUUUCAAUUUCUGUACAGGGAACACAUUUUAUAGAAUUAUGCUGUCAACGAAAUAUACCUCUAUUAUUUUUGCAAAAUAUAACUGGUAUGUUUCUAUUGAGUUUGAUUAUAAUUUACUAAACAUAAAGUUCAUGUUUUGAAAUCAAGCCAUAAGUUUUAAUUUUAUACUAGGAUUUAUGGUUGGGAAAGAUGCCGAAGCUGGUGGCAUUGCCAAAAACGGUGCUAAAAUGGUAACAGCAGUGUCUUGUGCAUCUGUUCCUAAAAUUACUGUUGUGAUUGGUGGUUCUUAUGGAGCAGGAAAUUAUGGAAUGUGUGGACGGGCGUAUGGGUAGGUAAUAAAAUCUUAUUCUAUUUGUAUUUCAAUGGUUUUUAAUAUCAUUAGGAAAAAUAUAUUAUUAUUAGGUUGCAACAUAAUUAUUUAAUUAUUUUUUGUUGUGAUAUCAUGAUUAAAUAGACCAAGAUUUAUGUAUAUGUGGCCAAAUUCUAGAAUAAGUAUUAUGGGAGGUGAACAAGCAGCAGGAGUCCUUGCUCAGAUUCAAAGCGCAAAGAAAAUAAGAGAAGGAAAAGAGGUGAAAUUAAACCAAACUUUAUUGUUAUUUAACACUACUAGACAAUUUUCAAAUAUGUUAUUAUUAUUUUUAGUUGACUGAAGAAGAAGAACAAAUGUUAAAAGAACCAAUUAUAAAACAGUUUGAAAAGGAAGGAAAUCCAUUUUAUUCUAGUGCAAGGUAAGCAAAAUUCUUUAAUUUUAAAUAUUUUAAUUAUGUUGACAAAAAUCAAUAGAUGUUGGGAUGAUGGCAUUAUUGAUCCAGUUCAGACUAGACAAGUUUUGGCUUUGAGUCUGUCAGCAGUUCAUAAUUCGCCAGUCAAGCAAACAAAGUAUGGAAUUUUCAGAAUGUAAAUAACUAAGAUGUUCCGAUUUUAAAUUGCACCAAAACAAUUAUGUAUGAUAUGGCUGCUCCGAGAUACUACAAAAAAAUAUAUAUAUU